AGGUAAGGAGCUGUGCAGCGCAGCCAGUCCUUGCUGCCUCCCUCCCUCUAAUCUCAGGUGAUCCAGAUCCAUGUGGGAAAAAGUUAUCAGCUGGCACCUGAGGUUGUCAGGGAAGGAGAGACGUUGGGGGUUUGCUUGGCCUUUUCUUUAUUUUUUUAUUUGCUGUUACUGCCAGCCCCAGCCCAGAUGCAACUGCCCCAGAGAAGAGGGAGAAAAGAACAGCUGCUAGGAAGAAAGGACUCUGAAACCUCGUUGGGUAGAUGGGAAUGAUGAAGCUCUAGGCUGCACAGCUGGAACAUCCGUGAGAGAGAAAGUAUCUCUUCUGUAUUCCUAGGACCCAUGUCUGAACAAGUAGCUGCUGUUGCUGGAGGUGUGAUCGGAGGCAUCCUUCUGUUGCUCCUUCUUGGGAUAGCAGUAUACCUCUUUUGGAAGAAUGUGUACUUCAAGGCUUCUUAUGAAGAACUUACUAAUCCCGCUUCCCCAGUCCAGGCACCAGUUCGUCUGCAGGAGCCAAAUGUUGCAAGGACGAAAAGCGUCCCCUUCAUCGUCCCACCAAAAUUUCACAGGCAAGCUUGGAUUGAUAUGAUAAAUGGAGAACAAAUUCAGGAGGAUAGUGACCUCUAUGUCACCCCUGACUCUGGGCCUCGAUCUUCUUUCCAUUCCUUAGCUGGUGCAUACCUUGUCGGAGCCAUCAACCCAGAGCUGUACAGAUUUCCCGAAGACAAGAGCGAAACAGACUUCCCAGAGGGUAACAUUGGUCGGCUUUGGUUCUCAGUGGAAUACGAACAAGAAUCGGAAAGGCUUCUCGUCUCCUUGAUCAAAGCCAGGAAGUUGCAGUCUCCUUCCAGCUCCUGCAACCCUUUGGUGAAAAUCUACCUGUUGCCCGAUGAGAGGCGCUAUCUGCAGUCUAAGACCAAGCGCAAAAAUCUCAACCCCCAGUUUGAUGAGAAUUUUGUUUUCCAAAUUUCCAGUAGCGCCUUAUACCAAAGGACGCUGAAGUUUUGUGUCUACCAUGUUGACAAACAGAAGAAACACAUUCUCUUAGGCCAAGUAAUAUUCCCUUUGAAAAAUGAAUCCUUUACCGGUGAUGGCAAAGUGAUCGUCUGGAGAGAUCUGGAAGCUGAUUCCCUUGAGCUGCCUUCUGAACAUGGCGACCUCCAGUUUUCUCUCAGCUACAACGACUAUCUGGGCCGUCUCACAGUGGUAGUUCUGAGAGCUAAGGGCUUGAAGCUCCAGAAUGAAAGACAUGCUGUCGGUGUAUUUGUCAAAGUGUCACUAAUGAAGCAUAAUCAAUUCAUCAAAAGCAAAAAGACCACGGUUGUUCCUGCAUCCUCGGAUCCAUUGUACAAUGAGACUUUCAGCUUCAAGGUGGACCAGCAGGAGCUGGAUACAGCAAGCCUGAGCCUGUCUGUGCUCCAGGAUUCAGAGGGAGAAGAAACUUCGCUGGGCCGUGUGGUUGUUGGGCCUUUCAUGUACACCAGGGGCAAAGAACUGGAGCACUGGAAUGAAAUGAUCAGUAAGCCCAAGGAGUUGGUGAAGAGGUGGCAUGCUCUGUCUCUUAGCACCUGAAAGGUGACUCCAUAUGGGAAUGUGACCUCUACUGUUGGCAGCAAAAUGCCUCUGAAUACCAGUUCCUGGGAAUCAAAGGUGGAAAGUGGGGAGUUGUGCUCAG